AAUGCAUGGCUGAUCGUCAACAAAACGGAGUGUCGAGUGACUCGGGCGCUAGCCUAUGAAACCUCUUCAUUUAAUUAAAUUAUUGAAAUUCAAGCUUUAUUUCAAAUAAGCAGAACUUUGUUAUUUCUUGACCCUUUUCUGUAAUUGAGGUAAAUUAAAGAGCGAAUAUUGAACUUUUUAAUUAUGUGGUUUUCUUUUUAAAACCCAGUAACGUACAGCACGCCAAAUGACUUUUUGGUAUCUCGUCUUCAAAUUGUUUUUGCUCACUCAUGCGUGAAUGAGGAAUAAUCUAAGAAAUUUCAGAUGAAAGGGGAAAUUCUAAGCUUUACAAUGGUUUGUUGCUAGAAGCUUGGUUAGAUCAGGAAUAAUGUCAGCUAGCAGUGCAGUAGUCCAGCGUCUUGAGCAACGUGCUCAGCUGGCAGAUGAAAUCAUCUCUAGACUACAGCAACAGGUUGAACAUCUUCGUAGGACAGUCGUUGGGCGUGAAGAGCAGAGAGUGGCUGAAGAGAAUAUAUUGCUGAGACAAGAGGUAACUCAACUCAAGGCUAGGCUGAUUGAAGCUGAAACAAGAAAUGGAGUGAAUCAGGUUCCUGUGCCCAACACAGGGUCUACAUUAGCUGCUUCAGCUACCAAACCACCCCCUGCUUCAACAGCUACUGCCCCUUCCCAAGCUCCACCACAAGCUCAAACUAGUAAGAAACAAGAAUCAACAUCAGAGAAUCAGAAGAAGAAAGAAAAGAAAGAAAAACCCAAGAAAGAGCCAAAGAAAGCAGAUGACCAAGCCGCCGCUGAGGUUGAUUUCAGUAACCUUGACCUACGGAUCGGUAAGAUCAUCAAUGUCAAGAAACAUCCUGAUGCUGAUUCUCUCUAUGUGGAGGAAGUGGAGCUUGGUGAACCUCAAACCAGGACUGUGGUUUCUGGAUUGGUCAAGCACAUUCCAAUUGAAGAGAUGCAAGAUCGUACGGUGAUCCUGUGCUGUAAUCUGAAGCCAGCCAAGAUGAGGGGCAUCCUCAGCCAAGCAAUGGUCAUGUGUGCUUCAUCACCAGACAAAGUGGAAAUACUUGCCCCGCCCUCAGAUGCCGUACCAGGGGAUAGAGUAGGAUGUGAAGGCUAUGAAAUGAGUGGAAGUUUCCCAGUCCAGAUGAACCCCAAGAAAAAGAUCUUUGAACGUAUUCAGCCUGAUCUGAAGACUAAUGAUAAGCUACAAGCAACAUACAAGGGAUCCCUAUGGAAGGUAGAAGGCAAAGGUUAUAUCAUCUCAUCUACCAUGGCUAAUUCUGGUAUCAAAUAAUGCGCAACAAAUAUUCUUAUCUUAAACCUUUUUGAUAAAUCUUCCGAGUUUAUUACAUUGCCUCUCAAAGCAUAAUUAGUCUGUCAUUCAUUUCACACACAAUGUUUCAAAAGGUUAUGCAAUAGUAAUACACUGAGAAUAUUACAGCAUUGUAAUUGACAUUUGACAUAUGUAAACCUUUGUGAAUGUAUUAAGGCAUUCUUAAGAUUUUAAACAAAUUAACCUAGAGAAGACUACCCCCUCCCAGAUAUUUUUCAAAAUCAAUUUGUGACCCGAGAAGCCCUCACUGCAAAGUUUCUAUGACUUUUUCUUAUCUGUGUCUUGCACAUUUAGAAAUAAAUAUGUGUCUACCUACCAGACCUCAUGGGGGGAUCAACCCCUACCUAACCCUGUCUCUUUUUAGGCAUCAAAAUAACCCUUUUUCCUGUUUUGGAGAGGGGUAAUCAUCUUCUUUUAUCUUUAGGGGUAUCUUUAGAAGUAAUAUGAUUCCAAUAAAGUUUUAAUACUACUCCACUUUUGUAUUCUUUUCAUCUUCUAUUAAUUUCAGGGGAAAUGUUUUAAAUAGCCAUAAAUGGUAGUGAAUAUCAUUAUAAGAACAUUCUGGAUUCUGGAUGAUUGAUACAGCAUGUCUAUCACAAACAAGUAACUAUCAAGUACUAUCAUUGUAUGAAAGUAUACAAAAUGUUUGUAAGGCUUUUGGUUUUUAAUGAAGAUGUAUUCAAUGGCAAAAAAUUAUGAUGCAUGAUGUUGGUUAGAAAACCUUGAAUAUCAGUACAGUUCUAUCAUGGUACAAUAAUUGAAAGUGAAAGAAAAAAUGCUUCUGAUGGAAUAAGAAGUUUACUGCAUCUUUUCCUGGUGUAUGAUAAAUAAUAUAUUAAAUUCUUAAAAUAAUUGACUGAUUUACCUUAUAACAAAUAAAAGAAGUUUGAUGUACACUUUACUUAUUUGUUCCAUGACAUUUGCUCCACUGUAAAUUCCACACGCUAAUCAAAGGACCAACUUCAACCCUGGGUUUAACACUAUACCCCAUCCUUAAAGGACAAGUCCACCCCAACAAAAAGUUGAUUUGAAUAAAAAGAGACCAAUCCAACAAGUAAAACACUGAAAUCUUCAUCAAAAUCGGAUUUAAAAUAAGAAAGUUAUGACAUUUUAAAAUAUACGCACAUCCUGGUUGGUAUGCAAAUGAGGAGACUGAUGACGUCAUCCACUUACUAUUUCUUUUGUAUUCUAUUACAUGAACUAUGAAAUAUUCUAAUUUUCUCCUCAUUGUCAAGUGAAACAACGCGUGAUUCCUCCAUGAAUAUGUGGAACUAGCAUUUCUUAAAACUAUAUGAUUCAGUCAAGUGGGUCCCUAUUGUCAAACCUGUAAAAAAUGAAAUAUUGUAUAAUUCAAACAAUAAAAAAACAAAAAAAAUAGUGAGUGACGGACAUCAUUGACCGUCUCAUUUGCAUGUCACUGAGUUGUGCAUAUCACUGUUUGUGAAAAAUAAGUGAAACUUUAAAAUGUCAUAACUUUUUUAUUUUACGUCCGAUUUUGAUGAAAUUUUCAGCGUUAUGCUAGUUUGAUUUUCUCUAUUCAUUCAAAUCAACAUUUUUAUGGGGUGGACUUGACCUUUAACCUAAACCUAAAGUAAGCCCGGAGCAAUUGUCGCAGGAGCAAAUGUUGUGUGACCUACUUAUCAGUUGUGAGUAGCCAUCAGGUCACGCAUUAUGUGGGACUGAGCAGUGGCAGGAUCAAUGGUGUAUGAAGACUAACAAUAAGUUGCUCAUAGAAAUAUUAUUAGAAAUCUGUUUCUGGUGAUAUAUUGAAUGUGCAGAUAAAAUCAUUUUAACUGUUCAUAAAAAUAGUAUUUUAUGAAAUUUGUUAUGGUGGAGUUGCUUACAUGUGACAUCACAAAAUUAAAACUCUGAAAAUCAAUAAAUCUGUUAUUCUUUGAUUUAUUUUUUGCCUAAUCUUCAUUGAUUUGUUUCUCUCAAUUUUCUGCUUUUAUGACAACCAUCUUGUCAGGAUGAUAUAUCCCUCUAAUGGAGCAACAUCAAAUAACUGUUUCAUAAAUUGAAUUUAAGAAAGAAAUCAGUGUAAAAUGAUAAAUGGUAUUAUAAGUAAAAUAUGCAAAAAUACAAACUAUCACAAUGUUA